CACCGAGAGGCAGAGCAGGGAAGACGGGAACAGUCAGUGGCAUGUUUGCAGUAACAUAGCAGCUGCUCUGACAUCUCGUGACUGAACAAGGCAGGGAAAACACUGAUUAACUCUGAGGAAUGUGUUGUUAAAAAAGUCUUAACACUCCGUGUGAGAGAUGGAGAGAGGGUAAGGUUAGGACACAAGCAGGGGUCUGUCUAAUCUGGCCCUCCUCCUCAUCCUCCAUCUUGUUUACCUGCUUGAAGGGUUUGAAAGGGGCUCUGUGUGUGCUGGGGGGGAGGGAGAGUAGAAAAAGGGACUGCCGUCACUACACCUCCUUCUCAGAGACGGCAAAAGGGAACAAAAAGCCUGCAAGACGUUCACCAAGCGUAAAACAAGGCCACUGGAUCAUUAAGUGCGUUCACAUACAGACAUGCCUUGCAAACUCUGGCUUGCUCUUUCAGUGUGGCUUUUGUUGCCAACCUCUGAAGCUGGAAGGCAGAUGCCUAAACUCGCUGACAAGAAACUCUGCGCUGACUCCGAAUGCAGCCAUCCCAUCUUGAUAGCUCGUGCACUGCAGGACUACUACCCUGGAGACUGCAGGUUCAUCCCCAUCAGACAGGGGCAGCUCAUUUAUGUCUACGCAAUGCUAAAGGACAGAGGGAACCUCUUCUGGGCCGGCAGUGUACAAGACUCCUAUUAUGGACAGCAGGAGGCUCGCAUUGGCCACUUCCCCAGCAGUGUAGUGGAGGAGACGCAUCCUCUCAUGCCAGCCAGCACCGAAGUCAAGACUACUAAAUGGGACUUCUACUGUUACUGAUAAAGAGAACACCCUUCUUGUUAACUACAUUAAGAGAUAACUUCAUAACUAUCAUAUGAUCUUACAUACAUUGUUGACAAUAUAUAUGUAGGUUUGCAUAUUGACACUGUAGAUAAUCUGCACCUUAGAAGAUGUGGACAAGAGCUCUACACAGCAACAGCUCUGAAGAAAGAACUACUGUUGCUUAACGCUCCAUAUUUGAAUUGUUUAUUCUGUAAUAGUCCAUCAUACUGUUUAUAUCUGUUUUGAAGGUAUGAAACGUAUUUGUCAAAGUAUUUCCUGGCCUAAUUCCCCAAUAUUAUACUGAGAAAUUUAAGUAAAAAUAAGUACAUUUUCAUUGCACACGCAAGAAUGCAGACAACACAGUCUUCACAGUCUGUUCAAACUAUUUGCAUGUUUGAUAAUAAGAAAAUAAAGAAAUUAUAUUGAAAAUAACAUAUUUUUCAUAUUACAUUCCUUAAUAAAUCCACAAAUGACAUGCUGACAAAACUUGAAUUUGCUGCUUUUAUGUUAAUUCUUCAAGUAUGACACUGAAAUAAGGUAUCUGUACCUAUUUUUGACAGAAUGAUUGUUAUGAUCUAGACCUGACAAAAACAAAUAAAAACCUCUAUGCAUAA